AUGCUUGAAACGAUAGAUCCGAGGAAAACGACGCUGCUGCUUUUUGAGUUGCAGAAUGAUUUUUUGCACAAGGACGGGAAGCUGCACGCAAAGAUGCAGCAGGUGAUGGAGAAGACAGAGAUGCACCAAAACCUGCUGCGGCUGAUCGCGGCGGCACGCCGCUGUGGCGUUGCCGUCCUGCACGUGCCAAUGUUGAUACCACAGAGGCCACAGUUGCAGGGGCUGAUGGGAAAGCUACAGGAUCUUGGGGCCUUUGCAGAAGACUCCUGGGGCGUUGACUUUCAUGCAGACUUCCAGCCAUGCAAGGCCGAUGCCAUCGUUGCUGGGAAGGUCAGCUUCGAUGCUUUUCAGAGCAGCAACUUGGACCUCCUGCUUAGACGUGGGCGCUUCUCUUCCUUGAUCAUGUGUGGCUUCCAAACCAACAUCUGUGUGGAAUCUUCUGCGCGAUCAGCUUGCGACAUGGGAUUCUCGGUCAUUGUGCCACGCGACUGCUGCGCAUGCGCGUCAGUCGAAGAGCACGAAGCCUCACUGAAGCUGAGCCUGCCGUACUUUGCGACGGUGACAGACCACCAAGAGUGCAUGACCUCCUUGAGGAACGGCGCGGGUCAGCUUGCUGGCACUCGCAUCUCCUUCGGGGUAACCGAGCGCAUGGCGGCGCACUUGUUUGCGGAGCUCGAUUUGGACCAUAAUGGCAGGCUUGAGCCACCCGAGCUGCAGAAGCUGGGUAGAAUCCUCGGGGAGAAGUGGGACCUGCCCAAACUGGAGGAGAUCUACGCCGCUGUGGACAGCGAUGGGAACGGCACCAUUGAUUUUCGCGAGUUCUUCGAGUGGCUGAUGAAUAACUGCACGCUCGGCCGGGGCACCAGAUCGGUUCGGAGGCGGCAGGUGCCUGGGGAUCUUCAGCUGGAUCCUCUUUGGAUCGAGAAGCUUAAGUUCUGGGAUGAGAUUUGCAGCGACGAAGCUGUGCAUGCCGGGGGAGCGGGGCAAGCCGUGAGGGAUGGAAAGAAAGAGAACAAGGAGGGCAGCCUGAGGGGGCACUGCAUCUCUACGGCAGAGAUCCUGCGGAGAUGGGGCCAUCCGGAGACCACGUGCCUGGCGGCCCUCUUCCACAGCGUCUACGAAACUCAGGGCGGGCACCAUGCCAUGGGCUCCGCUUUGAGUUUUGAGCAGCAACGGCCAAAACUGCAAGAGAACCUCGGCGCAGAGGUCGAGGAGCUGGUUUGGCACUUCCAGUCGGCUAACCGCAGCACCUUUCCGCCACUCAAGAACGGCUGCGCCAGGGAUCCCACUCUGUGGCCGCUGUAUGGCUCUUCCAUUCUUUUUGCCAGUGCCGAUGCGCAGAGCUUCACGGUUUACUCUUUCGUGGACAACAAGACUGUCCUAGAGCUGCCAAAGCGGUUGCGUUGGCCACUCCUCGAGUUGGUACUGGCAAAUGCCUUCGACCAGCCGGCUGCGAUGAUUGACGAAGAUCCUGAGCAGGCGGUUCUGUGGUGCUACCAGCUGAGAGGUUGCUGGGGUGCUCCUUGGCCAUACUUGUCCGAAGGAUGUCGCAAUCACCUUGCGCAGUACCUGAAGUCCGCCUUGGAGGCCUCUUCCUGGGGGAAGGUGGAGCAAGUUGCCCGCGAGGCGCUGCUUGAAGUGCGCUUCCCCCUGCGCACCACCAUGCUUGCAUCUGAGAGGAACAAGCUGGACCCCAUUGACGAUGUCCAAGGCUUCAUCGAUGGGCUCCGCACUUAUUGGGAGAAGCUCCAGCCAGCACCCGCCGCAGAGCUUGCGAAGCCGUUCUUCGGGGACGAGAAGCUGGAGCUCGAAGCGAAGCUGUGCAGGAAGGUCGCAGAGAAGAACCAAGUUUGA